UAAUAACUUCCUUUUAUAUGACAAUUAUAUUCUAUUUAUCAUAAUUAUGUGCAUACCUGAAAGAAAUAUUAACGAUCAUCAAAAUUAUAGUAAAAUUGAAAUACUACAAGCACUUAGAAGGCUUUUAGAAAUUGGACACAUAUUGCAAGGAGACGCGGUCCUAUUGCUUUUGAAAAUACAAUUGAUGAAAUUAAAAUUGAAGCAGCUGCAGCUGAAAAUUAAUUCCAAUUAAUAUCUGCAAAAAUGAAUCGAUUAAUUUCCAAAUAUACUAGAUCUAGAGUAAUUUCAAAAUUGGCAAUAUACCAUCGUAUGAACAAUGUGAGAUUUUUUUUAAAAACUUGUUUGGAGAAACGACCCAUUUUAACCAAUUCGCUUAUAUAUGGAUCAUUAUGUACAAUAUCGGAAUUUUCACAACAAACUAUAUCAAAGAAGUUAUCGAAACCCAUUGAGCCCUAUGACACAGCAUCUAUCACGAAAUUUGCUAUUUAUGGAACUGGGAUAGGUGGUCCUUUGAUAGCAUUAUGGUACAGAUUUUUGGAUAAAAAGUUUCCAGGAUGUUCUUUAAAAAUCGCCGUGAAAAAAUUAGCAAUCGAUCAAUUAACAUUCACUGCAGGACUUUUGGUGGUAUUUUAUACCUCGAUGAGUAUAAUGGAUGGCAAGAAAGACAUUUUCGAAGAAUGUAGACAGAAGUUCAUACCGACGUACAAAACCAGUUGUUUGUUCUGGAUACCAGCUCAGCUGAUGAAUUUCAUUUUAGUGCCACCAAUAUACAGGGUAAUCUAUAUUGGAACGUGUUCGUUUGUGUGGAUUAACAUUUUAUGCUACUUGAAACGUCAAAAAGUAGAAUAAAGAAUUUCUAUAAAAUGGUAAUAUAUGUAUCAUAACAUUAGGAUUUAUAUGUAAUAUAUAUUUAUACAGAAUAUAA